AUGAGUCUCACUGGAGAGAAACCACAUCUGUGCUCUGAGUGUGACAAAAGCUUUACAUAUAAAUCAGAGCUUCUCAGACAUCAGAGUAUUCACACAGGAGAGAGACCAUUCACAUGUUCUGAAUGCAGCAAGUGUUUUUCCCGAAAGUCACAUCUUGUUACACAUCAGAGGAGCCACACAGGAGAGAAGCCAUUUACAUGUUCUGAAUGCAGCAAGUGUUUUACCCAUAAGUCAUGUCUUGAUAUACAUCAGAGGAGUCACACAGGAGAGAAUCUAUUUAAAUGCUCUGAAUGCAGCAAGUGUUUUCCCCGAAAGUCACGUCUUGUUACACAUCAGAGGAGUCACACGGGAGAGAAGCCAUUUGCAUGCUCUGAAUGUAGCAAAUGUUAUACCAUUAAGUCAUGUCUUGAUAUUAAUCAGAGGAGUCACACAGGAGAGAAGCCAUUUGCAUGCUCUGAAUGUAGUAAAUGUUAUACCAUUAAGUCAUGUCUUGUUAUACAUCAGAGAAGUCACACAGGAGAUAAACCAUAUAAAUGCUCUGAAUGCAGCAAGUGUUUUUCCCGAAAGUCACAUCUUGUUAUACAUCAGAGGAGCCACACAGGAGAGAAACCAUAUAAAUGCUCUGAAUGUAGCCAGUGUUUAUGUAGCAAGGAAGGUCUUGUUAAACAUCAGAGGAGUCACACAGGAGAGAAACCAUAUAAAUGCUCUGAAUGUAGGAAGUGUUUUUCCCGAAAGUCACAUCUUGUUACACAUCAGAGGAGUCACACAGGAGAGAGACCAUUUCAAUGCUCUGAAUAG